AUGAGUUCGUACUUCGUGAACCCGCUGUACUCCAAGUACAAGGCGGCGGCCGCGGCAGGCGAGGCCAUCAAUCCCACUUACUACGACUGUCACUUCGCGCCCGAGGUCGGCGGCCGCCACGCCGCUGCCGCCGCCUUGCAGCUCUAUGGCAACAGCGCCGCCGGCUUCCCGCACGCGCACCCGCACCCGCACCCGUCGCCGCCGCCCGCCGGGCCGGGCUGCAGUAGUGGGGGCGGCCCGGGCCCCGGCCAGGACUACUUCCACCCCGGCGGGGGCAGCCCAGCCGCAGCCUACCAGGCCGCCCCACCUCCUCCGCCGCCGCCUCCCCCCUGCGGUGGGAUUGCCUGUCACGGGGAGCCCGCGAAGUUUUACGGAUACGAUAACUUACAGAGACAGCCGAUUUUUACGACCCAGCAAGAGGCCGAGCUGGUACAAUAUCCUGACUGUAAAUCGUCCAGUGGUAAUAUUGGCGAGGACCCAGACCACUUAAAUCAGAGCUCGUCUCCUUCUCAAAUGUUUCCCUGGAUGAGACCACAAGCAGCUCCUGGUAGACGAAGGGGAAGACAAACCUACAGUCGUUUCCAAACCUUAGAGCUGGAAAAGGAAUUCCUUUUUAACCCUUAUCUGACCAGGAAGAGAAGAAUCGAGGUUUCCCACGCCUUAGCCCUCACCGAGAGACAGGUAAAAAUCUGGUUCCAGAACAGGAGAAUGAAAUGGAAAAAGGAGAACAACAAGGACAAAUUCCCGGUUUCCAGACAGGAGGCGAAGGAUGGGGAAACAAAAAAGGAAGCCCAAGAGCUGGAGGAAGACCGAGCCGAAGGCCCGACAAAUUAACUUCUACCUUUAAAAUUUUACCGCAGACUAUUAAAACUAAUGAUCAGCAUAUGCUGGUGGACACCACCUGUUUUCUUUUUUGGAAAGGACUUUACCUGUGUUUCAAGCUACCUUCAUGUCACUGCUCUUGAGGUUUCUGCGCUUUGAGAGGGAUUUGGGUGUUUUAAAAAAAAUGUUUCUAGUGUCGCAUAGAAACAGCCCUUGAGCUGUCCUAUGUAAGAGUAAUUUGAUACUGACCUUGUAGCUAUAUUUUUAUAAUGGUAGUUUUUAAUGUCUGAGCUGGUGAUUUUGCCUCGACAACGUAAACUUCCUAAUGAUUAACACUAAAUAAUUGAAUAUAAAAUGAUUUAUUAAUCAAACAAGUGCACUUGAACGUUUUAAAUCUUUUCUUUAUGGUGAGUAAAUUAAAAGAAGUUUAUUAAUUUUAAAAGAAAUUAUGCCCGCAGAAUAUUUACUUUAUAUUAUGUGGUUAAAAUGUGUUAUUUAUAUUUUUUCUGCUUUUAUAAUGAAUGGUUCGGGUGCCUUUUGUUUACUCCUAAAAGGUUUCUUUGAGAAUUUUGUAAAUGUACUAUCUCUGGGAAAAAGUCUGGGCCAAAUAUUGAGAAAAGCACAUGUUAGCUGAGGAGUGUAAUGUAUAGUCCUGGCUCUGCAGCUUCCUUAAACUUGGGGAAAAUGUUCGGCUAGUGACAGAAGUUUCAGGACAAUGUCAAAGUUGACAUUUAAUAUUUUUUCUAUAGUUUAUACAGAUUAUGGCAGUUUAAUCAUCUAGAGUGAAUGAAUACUUGAAAAGUCAAUUAUAACAUUUUCACUUAGAUAUUUUUAGUCUGGCAAGUCACCUUGUGGAACGCCUCUCCUUUCUGAAUUUGCUUUCGUUUUCAACUGUGCUUGGAAUCGCCUGAAAUUGCUAGGUCUUUGUGCUGUGGCCGCCGCUGUGAUUCCGGUUUGUGUGUGUGUGUGUUUUUUUUCCUGAGGAGGUGCCAUAUUUAUUUGUAUUCUCUUCUCUCUGUUUGCACGCCCAUUGUGAGCCAACUUGUUGUGUGUAUCUCAGAUGUCGGUUGGUACGUCCUCUGCUGUUCUCCAGGUUGGCCUCACCUAUUUGAAACAAGCCUUGAGAGCAAAUGCAGAAAAAUCCGAGUGUAAACAACCGCUGCAGAAUAUCGCUAGCUCCUUAAUAAAAGAAAUGAAUCCUU